UGAUGAUGAUGUGUGAUGACAGAAACGAAAAGAAAGAAGAUAAGUCCUAAUCCAAAACUCGUGGUGGUGAUUUCGUUUCUGUUACAUCCUUGUAAAAUGUCUGCUUUAUUUUUUUUAUUUUUCCUAAAUUAAGGAGACGAGAAGCAGCGCACCGAUCGUUAUUUUCAUGUCCCAGUAGAUGGAUUCUGCUUUGUCUCCCCGCAUCUUUUUCGGACACGGCUUCAUUAGUUCAAGGUCGCCUAGGUUUGCAGGUAGAACUAGUACUUGCUGGAGAUUGGUUAACGGUUCAUCUUGGGAGACAAAGGCUAUUGGGAAUAGUGAUGGCAAUGAUACUCCUCUCAGAGGAACAGAUGAUGGGUCUUUCUUUGAUCAUGUUGACGCGGAGAUCACGCCUGCAGAAACUGUUGAUUUUUUCGUGAGUGACGCAGAAGGUGAUCCUGAUUGUCCUACUCAGGGCUACUCCUCUAUCGAACUCGCUCUUCAAUCUCUACCACAAGGCAAGUUUGUGAUCGUUGUUGACGAUGAGAACGGGGACGUUGAAGGGAACCUGAUCAUGUCGGCAACUCUAACUAGUCCAAAAGACAUAGCCUUUCUGAUCAAGAAUGGUUCCGGGAUUGUCUCGGUUGGUAUGAAGCAACAAGACCUUGGAAGAUUAAACCUUACACUCAUGUCACCUGAAAUGGAAGACGAAGAUUCCUCUGCACCAACUUUCACCAUCACCGUCGAUGCAAAAUCAGGAACAUCAACAGGAGUUUCAGCUUCAGACAGGGCCAUGACGGUUCUCACGCUUGCCUCUCUUGAAGCUAAACAAGAUGAUUUCAGGAGACCAGGUCAUGUAUUCCCUCUCAAGUACAGAGACGGUGGAGUUUUGAGGAGAGCCGGUCACACCGAAGCUUCGGUUGAUCUAAUGAUAUUGGCUGGUUUACGUCCAGUCUCUGUUCUUUCAGCCAUUCUUGAUCAAGAAGAUGGGUCAAUAGCGUCUCUACCGUAUAUUAAAAAGCUUGCUUCGGAACAUGACAUUCCCAUUGUAUCCUUGACUGAUCUAAUCAGAUAUCGAAGAAAGCGAGAUAAGCUAGUGGAGAGAAUAACCGUGUCUCGUUUGCCUACCAAAUGGGGUCUUUUCCAAGCUUAUUGCUAUCGCUCAACACUUGAUGGAGCCGAAAAUAUUGCCCUUGUUAAGGGAAACAUUGGAAACGGUCAGGACAUUCUGGUAAGAGUGCAUUCAGAGUGCUUAACCGGAGAUAUUUUCGGUUCAGCAAGGUGUGACUGUGGAAACCAGUUGGAGUUAGCCAUGCAGCUAAUCGAGAAAGAGGGAAGAGGCGUGGUUGUGUAUCUUAGGGGACACGAAGGAAGAGGCAUUGGUCUUGGUCACAAGCUUAGAGCUUAUAACUUGCAAGACAAAGGACAUGACACUGUUCAGGCUAAUCUUGAACUUGGUCUAGCCAUUGAUGCUCGUGAAUACGGCAUUGGUGCUCAGAUCAUGGUGGAUCUCGGUGACUGGGCCUGGAUGACGGCGGAGACGACUUCCUUGAAUGAUGUUGUGGGGUGGUUGAGCCAUUACCCGAUGCUCGCGCGUCUCCUCUGUAGAGUCGAUUUGAGACUCCUCCUAAUCUUCUCCCGAAACGACAUCAUCUUGUGCUUGACGGUUCUGCUUCCCAACAAUCUAAUUGGUGGUCACUGAUUAUUACAGGUAAUAAUGGAACUUAGAAACCAAUCAAAUAUACUUCAUUCAUCAAGUAAUGAUAAUAUAGUUUGCUGUAAAAAAUAGGCAGGUAGAAUAUUAAGGAGAUGCUUUUGUGAUAGUACGAUCAGUUUGUCAAUUUGAAAUCACUUUAAUAUAAUAAUAACUAAACGAC